CGAGCUGGGGGACUGGAAUGGAAUGCCUCCAUCUAAAUUUGGGCUACAGGCACCUUUCACAGCUCCAAGUCGUCCGGUGAGCACUUUAGUCGCACAGGAAUGAUGCGCUCGAGUGGCGUAAAUGUGAUUAUGAGCCUCUCCCUCGGCGGGCAGAACUUUUCCCCGACGCGCCUUCCUGCUUUCAACCACCCGUUCACGUUCUUAAGCCAGAGCUGCGACCAGUGCAGAGUGGGAGCUCAAAGCCCUUAUUUCACGGCGCACUCAACCCACCAUGUCUGACCGCGAGUUUGGCGGCAACGAUGACCUGUCGCUGCCAAAGGCGACUGUGCAAAAGAUUGUCCAGGACAUCCUCUCCAGCGAGCCUGGCAUGACGUUUGCAAAGGACUCGCGAGACCUCCUGAUCGAGUGCUGCGUCGAGUUCAUCACCCUCAUCUCCUCCGAGGCCAACGAGAUCGCCGAAAAGGACGCCAAAAAGACCAUAGCCUGCGAGCACGUCAAGGCAGCGCUAGAGGAACUCGACUUUGGCGACUACGUGCCUGCGAUUCUCGAGGUCGCGCAAGACUAUAAGAAGCAGCAACAGAACCGCGAGAAGAAGCAGACCAAGAUCGAGCAGAGCGGCAUGACCGAGGAGGAGCUCAUUCGCGCGCAAGAAGAGCUGUUCAAGUCGGCGACCAACAAGUUCAACGCAGCGCCCCCAGCAUGAGUUGACUCGAACAAGGAUCAUGCAUGAUGAAUUUUUUCGCGCGGCGUCGGGGCGUUGACAUGGACGUCUUUGGGAUGGCGUUUGGGAUAGAAAAGGACACACUAUGGGAACCUGGGAUGUACGGCCCGCCACGCGCGGCAAGAUGCUUACAACGUUAUGAUAUCUGGCGCUCACGUCUAGAGAUCCCGACGAGCCCCAGGGCAGGGCUACGUCAUGAAUUGAGAGAAAAUUCACUUUAGCAAUCAUACGAGACUGCCAAGCCUCGCU